GACUCAGCCGCGUGGCCCGGGCGGGGGGCGGGGACGCGCGGUGGCCGGAGCUCAGCGGGAACCGGCGGCGGCGGCUGCUCGCUCGCGUCCCGGGCGGCUUCGGGGCUCCGGGGCCGAGAGCGCGGCGUCGGGGGACCGCGGCUUCGAAAGGGAAAGGGUGCAAAGAAGAAAAAAGUGAAGACAGUGGAGAGACUUUCCCAUGACCACAAAGCCAGUGUUAUCCGGGACCCUGGGGAAUGUGUUCUGACUGUUGGUGAGGGAUGAAAGUGUCGAGAGCACUCAGUCACUAGGUCGGGAGCUGGAGGCUUCCUCUCUAAGAAUGAAUGUUCACCAGGGCAGUGAUGGCGACAGGUUAUUACAGCCAGAGCUCAGCUGCCUAGGAGAUGAGACCUUAGCUGCCACUCAAGAGAAAGAAAGCAGCAGCUUGGUGUCCUCUGGACUUCAUAUUGUCACUUAUCCCCUAGCUACCAGGAGUGAAGACUUGGCACUUGACUAUGCCCCUCAGCCAGCAAGCCUCCAGUAUCCUCACAUAAUGCCACUUCCUGAAGACAGCAGCAAGGGCUCGUGCUUCCAAACUGGAAGCAAGCGGAGCCAUGAGCCCUUCAUCGUUUCAGAGAGAUUUGGGAACAGCGGUGUAGGCUUCGGAGGUAGCUCUCACUCCCCAGCCCCAGAAAAAGUGACGCUUCUUGUAGAUGGCACACGCUUUGUGGUGAACCCUCAGAUUUUCACCGCUCAUCCGGACACCAUGUUGGGAAGGAUGUUUGGACCAGGAAGAGAAUAUAACUUCACGAGGCCCAAUGAAAAGGGGGAGUACGAGAUUGCAGAAGGGAUCAGUGCCACAGUGUUCCGCACAGUGCUGGAUUAUUACAAAACUGGCAUCAUCAACUGACCGGAUGGUAUCUCUAUCCCAGAUCUGAGAGACACGUGUGACUAUCUCUGCAUUAACUUUGACUUCAACACUAUCCGCUGUCAAGAUCUGAGUGCUUUACUUCAUGAGCUGUCCAACGAUGGUGCUCACAAGCAGUUUGAUCACUACCUCGAGGAACUGAUUCUGCCCAUCAUGGUGGGCUGUGCCAAGAAAGGGGAGCGGGAGUGCCACAUUGUCGUGCUGACAGACGAGGAUUCUGUGGACUGGGAUGAAGACCACCCUCCACCCAUGGGGGAAGAGUAUUCUCAAAUUCUUUACAGCUCCAAGCUCUACAGAUUCUUCAAGUACAUUGAGAACCGAGAUGUUGCUAAAACAGUGCUAAAGGAGCGGGGCCUGAAGAACAUUCGCAUUGGAAUUGAAGGGUACCCUACCUGUAAAGAAAAGAUUAAGAGGAGACCUGGUGGGAGGUCUGAGGUUAUCUACAAUUAUGUGCAGCGCCCCUUUAUCCAGAUGUCCUGGGAAAAGGAGGAAGGGAAGAGUCGCCAUGUGGAUUUCCAGUGUGUUCGCAGCAAGUCCCUCACUAAUCUGGUGGCUGCUGGAGAGGACGUCUUGGAAGACCAGGAGAUAAUAAUGCAUCACCCGCCACAGGUGGACGAACUUGACCGGCUAAAUGCUCCACUCUCUCAGAUGGCUUCUAAUGACUUCCAAGAUUAGGGACAAAUAAGGUCUGCCCCUCACCAGAG